CUAAAUACUCCUUACCCCAUCCCUUAUAUCACAUCUAAAAAGGAAUGUAUCAAAUUACCAAUAACCCUGUAUAUUUUCUUUGUAUUUCUUUUUUAAAUCAAAUUUGAUUUUUUACCAUAUUUUUUUGUUUGCUCGAUAUCCAGUUACAAAUGUUAGAAUGUCGGAAAUAGCUUCACGCCGUUCCUCACUGUCCCUGAACAAAUCUGCAACCGAAUCCGAACAAAGUCUGAUCCUGGCUUGUACAAACGAGGACAUAAAUAAUGCAGAUUUGCAUAACAAUAACGAAAUAUUAACAAUAAAAACAGAAAACAUCAAUUCACCAACCGCUGAAUAUAAUAACAACAAAGCGACAUCACUUUCAAUUAACUAUUCCCAUAAGGGCUCAAUAGAAUCGGUGCACAGUACCCCAAAUGAAGAAAAACAAGAAAAUGCACCGAGUAAUAUUAAUACAGAAAGCCUUGAGCAUAAUAACAACAAAGGGACAUUGCUUUCAAUUAACCAGGCAUCAUCUCGCAAGGGCUCAAUAGAUUCGGUGCACAGUGCCCCAGUAGUUUUAAAUGUCGAGAAACCAACACAAUCCAGAAUAAUUAUGGGAAAAAAAGAUCUAUUGAGAAGCCGAAGCAAUGAAAUGAGGAUUGAGGAUCCGGCCAAAGUCGUGCAUGAGCUGGUCAACGAGAAAUACCAAGAUAAAAUCGAACAUUACAUCACCAGAAUAUACCACCGAAGACAAUCCAGAGAAUCUUCCAAAAGUUUUGACGAUGACGGAGCCAGUUCAGAUUAUUCAGCCACCAGUCUAAGGACCCCUGAUAGUCUUUACGAUGGCAAGAGUUACUUUUCACUAUUUUUUCCACCCAAAUCAGAAACUGAUAUGGAUUUUUUAAAUUCCACCCAAGAUUUGGAUGAGCCAGCUACAGAUGAAGUGUUUAAUUCUACAGCUGAUGCAAACUUGUCCACAGCCACUGAAUUUGAUCCGAAAAAGUUCCUGAAAAAUGCUUUGGGGGAUAUUUCUUAUGAGUCUCAAUCUAUGGACGUGUCCUUUAAGAAUUCUAAGCUGCAAUAUUCUCAAAGUGUUGACCCCCUAAAUACGCCUUCUCUUUUAUCCAGAGCUGGAACUUUUUACAGUUCAGUAAGGAAAAGUUUGAGGAGGGCGUGUUCAUUUGUAGAGAAAAACAAACCUAAUGAGACAUUUAUCAGGAAUAAUAGAAGGGAGAGAUGUCAAUCUUCAUUUAUCCCGGAUCUUGCAAGCUCUACAGAGAACUUAAUGCGUGAAUUGUAUGUGCAAAACGGAACCAUUUUGCAAGUUUCUAAAGCACUUGAAUUUUGCAAGAAUUCUAAGGAUAUGACAAGUUCAGAAUAUAUUGAAGCUGAAAAGAUUUUGUUAGUUGCCUCUUGUCAAAAAGAAGCUAUCCAAACAGCCAUAGAUGCUGCCGAAUUUGAAGAAAAAGAACCGACUCAAACAUGCUCUGGUACUCUGGAAAUAUCCGACUUGACUUUUUACAUAAAGUCGGAUUCAACAACAGAACAAGAAAGUCCAACUAAAAAAUUGGAUGAACAUUUCGUUAUUGUUGUGACAAGUGGGAAAACAGUAUUGGCCAGUCAAGUAUUAGUAGCUGAUGAUGAUGGAAACGUUAAAUCAGACAAGAAGUUCCAUUUGUCAGAACUUGCAACUUAUUUUGGAGCUUCUGUAGCUAUUUACUCGAUGAAAGUAAAACAUGAUAAGAAUCUUGAUAGUAAACAUCGUAAGAAGGAUCGCAAACUUCCAUGCCCAUCAACAAAGAACUUCUUUAACCUACACUCUCACAAAUCCUCUCGUAAAAAUUUGCUAGUAGACAGCAUCUCCAGCAUAAAGCCUUCCUCUUUUACACUACUGGGUUCAUGUGCUAUUCGUUGCUCCGACUUAGAAAAGACACAUUUCAGAAUGCACCAUGUCCCAUUGUCCUCAUCUUUGGAAGGAUAUUUCACUGCUACUUUGAAUGCAAGUGUUAAGCUGAAUAAUAGAACCAGUGGAUUUUUAACAAUCGGAUUUGAAGACAAAUCACAUCCGACCUGGAACAGGCGCUGGUGUGUUCUAGAAGGUUCUCUUUUGAGAUAUUGGAACUACCCUUCAGAAGAAUUCUCCUGCGCACCGAUUGGUACUAUUGAUUUGGCGAAUGCUACUGAAAAAUCAUCAGCUGCUGACAGGUGUGUAUGUCCAAGACCAAAAUCGCUUUGUUUGCUCAUUAAGAAUACAGAAAAUGUGGUUUUGAAAUAUUUCCUAUCGGCUGACAACCUUGAGGAAAAACUUGGUUGGUUGGAGGAAAUCAAUUUGGUUAUUGGAACCUUGACGGUCUGGAAAUGUUUACGGUCUAUGGAAAAGACCAGUUCAAUGUAGAUUUAAGUGUUGUUAGCCGUUUAUUUGAGAGUUUUGACUUUUGGUUUCUUUUAUUUUUGACUUGUUUUUUAGUUAAGGAUCCAUGAAAUACGAAUGUUUUUUUUUUUUUAUAAUGAGACUUUUCUCAGUUGAAAUUUGAUAUGUUUAGCCUAUAGGUUGAGACUCAUUAUCUUAUUCAAGGUGCAGUUGACAAUGGUAUAGCCUUGAUACAGGCAAUAAACAAAUAUUAUUGUAUAAGUGUAAGAUUUUGCUAUGCCAUUAUACUGUAUUAUUAAUUUGUGAUUACAGUAAUAUUACUCAAGUUGUUCUUCAGAUACAUAUUUUGUUCCAUAUAGUUUCUUAAGGAAAGCAAUUAUUAUUUUUUUAUAUUGUAUCAACUGCAUAUUUUUCUCAGUUGGUUUAGUUAUGUUGUUCGAUUACGAAUUUAUUUUUCGUUAUAAUUUUUGGCAUAUUAAUUGUUUCUUUUUUAAAUAUAAUAAGGAGUUAUUUGAUUAAUUUUGUAUAAGAUCUUUUUGAUCACUAUUAAAAAUAUCUAAGAUAUUAAGUUAGGUGCAUUUUGGAGCAAUUGAAAAUAUUUUCCUGUUUUAUGUACUGACGUUCCAA